UUCUUUUUUUUUGGCUUAUUUGUUUUUCUUCUUCCUGCAGAACAGUUCGCAGCCCCCCGGCAGCGGGCAGGGAGCCCCACGGCAGCGGGGCUGGGCUGGGCUGGGGCCCGCGGCUCCCGCACCUGCCCCCGGACCCGCCGCCCCCUCACCGUGCCCGAGCGCCGGGGCGCGGCUGCACCGGGGCGAUGGCUGGAGGGAGGAGGCGGUUCCUUCGCUCCCCGUCCCCGCUGAAGCCCAGCAGGACGCUCCGCACCUUGUCCCCCCUCCCAGGGCCAUCGCGGCGGCGGCUCAAGCAGCGUACCCCGGGGAGCCGCGGCUACGGGUAGUAGGGACGAGAGAAGCCGCCGUGACUCGUCGGCCGGGGCUGCCCGCGAUCAACAGGAAGCCCCUUGGCGGGGCCGGGCCGAGGCGGGGCCUGGCGGGGCCGCCCGCCCUCCCUCCCGCGCCGCGGAGCCGAGGGGCCGCACGGCUCGGCCCGGCCCGGCCCGCGGCGGCGGCCGCUGACAGGGCGGAGCGGCGGCGGCAGCGGCGGCGUGUCCCGGCGAGGCGCCCGGGGAGGCACCGAGAAUGAAAUUGCUGUGGAAAGCUAAAAUGAGCACAAUUCAGGAUGGGGGUGAAGAAGUAGAAGAAGGAGCUGUUUACCAUGUCACCCUGAAAAGAGUGCAGAUCCAGCAGGCUGCCAACAAAGGAGCAAGAUGGCUCGGGGCUGAAGGGGACCAGUUACCUCCAGAACACACUGUCAGCCAGUAUGAGACGUGCAAGAUCAGGACCAUAAAAGCUGGAACUUUGGAGAAACUUGUGGAGAACCUUCUGACGGCUUUUGGGGAUAAUGAUUUUACGUACAUCAGCAUCUUCCUCUCCACAUACAGGGCUUUUGCUUCCACCAGCACAGUCUUGGAACUGCUCCUGGACAGGUAUGGAAACCUGGAGACCUCAGGCUGUGAAGAAUGUGGAAACCAGAAUUCCCCCGAAUCCAGCACAGUGCUCAGGACUGCAAUAGCAUCAAUCUUACGGGCCUGGCUCGAUCAGUGCGCCGAGGAUUUCCGAGAGCCGCCCGACUACCUCUGUCUGCUGAAGGUGCUGGAUUAUCUGAAGAGGAACAUACCCGGCUCUGACCCGGAGAGGAGGGCGCAGAACCUCUUGGAGCAGUUCCAAAACCAAGAAGUGGAAAAUGAAGAUGGGUUCCACAGCCUUUCUCCCUGUAACCUGGAUGAUGAAGAGGAACUGGAGAUGAGCAGUCCAGAAGAAUUCUCAUUGUUCCAAGAAGACCUCGUGGCAGAACAGCUGACAUACAUGGACGCAACACUCUUCAAGAAAGUUGUGCCCCACCACUGUCUGGGCUGCAUCUGGUCCCGAAGGGAUAAAAAGGAAAACAAGCACCUGGCACCGACCAUCAGAGCCACCAUCUCGCAGUUCAACGCCGUCACCAGCUGCGUGGUCAGCACCGUCCUGGAGAGCAAAGAGCUCAAAACACAGCAAAGAGCCAAGAUCUUGGAGAAGUGGAUUCAUAUCGCACAUGAAUGCAGGAUCCUGAAGAACUUUUCCUCCUUGAGGGCCAUCAUUUCAGCACUGCAGUCCAACUCCAUCUAUCGUCUGAAGAAGACCUGGGCCUGCGUUCCAAAGGACGUAAUGCUGAUGUUCGAGGAGCUGUCUGAUAUCUUCUCAGACCAUGACAACUAUUUGACAAGCAGGGAGCUGCUGAUGAAGGAAGGAACAUCCAAAUUUGCGAACCUGGACAGCAGCGUGAAAGAAAAUCAGAAAAGGACACAGAGGCGACUGCAACUUCAAAAAGAUAUGGGAGUCAUGCAAGGCACGGUACCUUACCUCGGUACCUUCCUCACCGAUCUUGUGAUGCUGGACACAGCCCUUCAGGACUAUCUCGAGGGCGGCCUGAUCAAUUUUGAGAAGAGGCGAAGGGAAUUUGAAGUAAUCGCCCAAAUUAAGCUCUUGCAAUCUGCAUGUAACAGCUAUUGCAUGACACCAGAUGAAAAAUUCCUGCAGUGGUUUAGGAGGCAGCAGCAUUUAAGUGACGAGGAGAGUUUCAGCCUUUCACGUGAGGUUGAAGCGGCUGCUGACACCAGCACCACGUCACCCAAAUCUCGGAAGAGCGUGGUGAAGAGAUUCAGCCUGCUGUUCCUGGGCUCCGAGGUGAUUGCCCACAGCACACCUGUCAAAGCGCAGCCCAAACCUGCUCCAGGUGGGAGCUCUGGGGAAAGCACAGACACAGCCAGUGUUUCCUCCUGUGAGUUUAAUCACUCCGAAUCAGAAGACAUCUGCACCAUCACUCCUAUUGACACUCCUGAUGAGCCUCAGCACAAGUUCCCUGAAACCUCCUCCUCCUUCUGUACCACUGACCACGCCACAGACACAUCUUCCUUGGGGGUGUCAUCUUUGAUCCCGUCCCCUCCCUUGCUGCCAUCUGAUGACAAGUGCUCCGAGAAGUGCCCCGACUCCAUGACACCUGUUACCUCAAAAGAAGUGCCUCCAGUGCAGCCAGUUUACAACCAGCAGAACAAAGACACCUGCAUCAUCCGCAUCAGUGUAGAAGACAACACUGGCAACAUCUACAAGAGCAUCCUGAUAACUAACCAAGAGAAGGCUCCUGCUGUCAUCCAGAGAGCCAUGGAGAAGCACAACCUGCAGUCUGGCUCAGCUGAGGAUUACGAGCUGGUACAGAUCAUCUCUGAGGACAAAGAGCUGGUGAUCCCAGACAAGGCGAACGUGUUCUACGCCAUGAACACCCAGGCCAACUUCGAUUUCAUCCUGAGGAGAAAAGCUUCAGCCAUGGGGCAGGUGCAGAGGAGGAGCCUGGGCAGCCUGACACUCCCCAGAACUGCAAAACGGGGGUGCUGGAGCAACAGGCUCAGCAAAGUCCCACUGUGAGGGAGCCACAGGCCCAGGGGGGAGAGCGAUGAGAACUUUGCUGCCAUCCAGUAUUACAGCAGAUGAAUGUAUCAGUAUUCAACUCUGAAAACAUUUGAGGCUGAAAGGCAAAGACCUACAGCCAGAGAUGUGUCUCUCCUCCCUCGUACCAGUUACAGACUGACAGACACGGAUUUACAGGACAAUAUGGACUGGAAUUUUUUUUGUCAUUGUUUUGCACAUUAGCCUAGGAAGGUGAGAGCCUCAGUUUGAGGGGAAAACAGGACUGCAACAUUUGUCUUAAGAACAGCAUACAAGCCAACUCUUUUUGUGAGAAAACAUAUUCCUUCGUGCCAGUAUUACACAGAAGAACAAGUCUACAUUUAUUUUUAUAGAACUGGAGAAGUCUCAAUGCCACUCUGCCUCCAGCUGAGUGCUGGGAGCGCUGGUUUGCAGAAGGUGUGGGUGAGCCCAGUGCCACUGGCAGCUGCUGCCUCCAGGAGGCAUCUGCAUUCACAAAAAAGCAGGGUGGGUACGUCCCCAAACCCUCAUUGCUGGAGACAGCACAACCUGCAAGCGUGUGUAUUGCUUUCACACAGCUGGCAAAUGUCUUUGUUGUUUUUUUUUGGUUUUUUGUUUUUUUUUUGCACUUGUUCCAUGCCAGAAAAUUACCAGUUUUUGGACUUUUUUUCCAAAGAACUUUUAAAGAGUGGACUGCACUUGCUUUUGGAUGAAUGUCAUGGUUUGCUCAUGAACAAGGCAAACAAACACGGCUUGUCUGGAUUUAGGUCUUAGUGCCGCUACAGGGUGGUUUCCUUUUACUUUGCUAACACGUUGAACAGAAAUCGAUGCCUUUUGCGUGUAUCCUGAGAUACCUGAUGUACCUCUUUGUAAUGUGCAAUCACUCCUCAAGAGCAAAACUUACCUCACAUUUUCAUUCACGUGAGGCAACUACAUGCCCUUUUAUUUUAAAAGUGCGUAUUGAGGAGACAGCCGGGUUUUAGGCAUUUACCCCAAACAGCCAGAGAUUUUAGAUACUUUUAGCAUUAUUUUUCAUAAUCUACAGGCACCUCCCUCAUUCUUCGUACACAUCUAUUUAAUGGAUAUCCUGCCAUGGUACAACCUUUCAGCUGGAAUAAAUAAUUUAAUUACCUGUUCUCUCUGAAACUUAAGAUACUUAUUGAGUCCCUUCCCAGAACAUUGGCUUCCUUGAUAGGACAGUUAGAGAUGUUAUUUUUAAAAAGCCAUAAGACAUUGGAUUGUAAGCAGGCUGUCUCUGAGAUACAUUAGUAUUAGUUAAAAUAAUCUCAAAUACUCUGAUUUUUAAAAUACUUAGGGCUCUUUUUUCCCACUAGUUCCAUAGCAUUCUUUUUCAAAACUGGGUUCAGAUGACAUUAACAAUGGGCACUAAACUCAUGAUGCAAACAGUGUUGCGCUGUAUUGUUUUACACUACAGGAGAAUUUGUCACCUCUGUUUACAAGUAGCACCGCGCAGGUCCCAGUCUGAAUAGUUUAACACCUCCAAUUGUGUUUGUGUUGAGAGGGUGAAGACGGUGAGUCUGUAACUGAGCCCUCUCCUUUGCUCAGAAUUUGGGCAAAAUUUCUACAGCAGUUUAGUUUUCUCAGCAUUUCAGCAAAAGCUGCAUCGAUGUCUGGCCGGUGCCUUUGUCAGGGCUGUGUUGCUCCCUCAGAGGUUGUGUGUCUGUGUUGAGCUGAAAGGUGAAUGUUCUUGAUUUUAAAAUUACACUCUCCAAAAAAUUAUAUAUGAAAAAGAUUUUUUUAAUUGCUUACCUGUAAUCUUUAUAUAAUAAGUAUAUAAACUUUUUUCCACUA